AUGGGCCUCGCAGCUGCGGCCUCAGCAAGCGUUCGGUCCUUACUUCCUCUAGCCCCGCCUCCAGGAUGGCCCCUUCGCUUCCCUCACAGCCAAUGGGAAGCUCCGCAUCCACCGAGAGACAACUCUAGGGCUCCACCCCUAAAACGCUCCACACCGAGGUUGGGCUUUCCACCACUUUUACUGGGACCUUGCGCAUGCGCAUUCUCCUUGGGCCCGGGGAAGACGCUUAGGGAUCGGUUUUCUUCUUUCUUUCCCGGAUCGCGCUCCUCUCCCGAACGCUCCCACCCUACUAGCACUGCUGGCGAUCCCUCCUGGGCUCCGAGAAGGGGCUGCUCCGGCCUUGGGGUGCGGCCGUACCCGGAUGUGGAGUCGCUCUCGCCCGGCGGGGGCUCUGUGGCGGGGCGGAGCGCGGAGGCAUAUAUGAUAUUAAUGGUAUUUGAUACUGAUGAUGAGAAGUUUGAUCAGCUUCCUUUUGGCAUCAAGCAUGAUGGAACCAUGUGUGAUACCUGCCGCCAACAACCAAUCAUUGGCAUUCGAUGGAAGUGUGCAGAGUGUACAAACUAUGACUUAUGCACAGUGUGCUAUCAUGGAGAUAAGCAUCACUUAAGGCAUCGCUUUUACAGAAUUACUACACCAGGAAGUGAGCGGGUUCUGUUAGAGUCUCGUAGAAAAUCUAAGAAGAUUACAGCCAGAGGAAUUUUUGCAGGUGCCAGAGUGGUACGAGGAGUUGACUGGCAGUGGGAAGAUCAAGAUGGAGGAAAUGGGCGUAGGGGAAAGGUAACAGAAAUCCAGGACUGGAGUGCAUCAAGCCCACAUAGUGCAGCUUAUGUUCUCUGGGAUAAUGGUGCUAAAAACCUUUACAGAGUUGGCUUUGAGGGCAUGUCUGAUCUGAAGUGUGUCCAGGAUGCCAAAGGAGGUUCUUUCUACAGAGAUCAUUGCCCUGUACUAGGUGAGCAAAAUGGCAACAGAAAUCCUGGUGGACUCCAGAUUGGUGACCUGGUCAAUAUAGAUCUUGACCUAGAAAUUGUACAGUCUUUGCAGCAUGGCCAUGGAGGAUGGACUGAUGGAAUGUUUGAGACUUUAACUACAACUGGAACUGUUUGUGGCAUUGAUGAAGAUCAUGACAUUGUAGUACAGUAUCCAAGUGGCAAUAGGUGGACCUUCAAUCCUGCUGUUCUCACUAAAGCAAACAUUGUCCGAAGUGGGGAUGCUGUGCAGGGUGCAGAAGGAGGCACUUCACAGUUUCAAGUGGGGGAUCUAGUACAAGUUUGUUAUGAUCUAGAAAGAAUUAAACUUCUACAAAGAGGACAUGGGGAAUGGGCUGAAGCCAUGCUUCCAACUUUAGGUAAAGUUGGCCGAGUACAACAGAUUUAUUCAGACAGUGAUUUAAAAGUAGAAGUUUGUGGAACAUCUUGGACAUAUAAUCCAGCCGCAGUUUCCAAGGUGGCAUCUGCAGGAUCAGCCAUUAGCAAUGCAUCUGGUGAAAGACUCUCCCAACUCCUGAAGAAGUUAUUUGAAACCCAAGAAUCUGGCGACCUCAAUGAAGAAUUAGUUAAGGCUGCUGCCAAUGGAGAUGUUGCUAAAGUGGAAGAUUUGCUAAAAAGACCAGAUGUGGAUGUAAAUGGGCAAUGUGCUGGCCACACAGCUAUGCAAGCUGCUAGUCAAAAUGGACAUGUUGAUAUUUUGAAGUUACUUUUGAAGCAAAAUGUGGAUGUAGAAGCAGAGGAUAAAGAUGGAGAUAGAGCAGUUCAUCAUGCCGCUUUUGGAGAUGAAGGUGCUGUUAUAGAAGUACUACACCGAGGCAGUGCUGAUCUAAAUGCUCGAAAUAAGCGCCGACAGACACCACUUCACAUUGCUGUUAAUAAAGGCCAUCUUCAGGUUGUGAAGACUUUAUUGGACUUUGGUUGCCAUCCCAGUCUCCAGGAUUCUGAAGGUGAUACACCUCUUCAUGAUGCUAUAAGUAAGAAACGCGAUGAUAUUCUGGCAGUUCUUUUGGAAGCUGGAGCAGAUGUUACCAUUACAAACAAUAAUGGAUUUAAUGCUCUACAUCAUGCUGCACUAAGAGGAAAUCCCAGAUCCCUCCUACUGUUCUACAGAGGGCUUUUGGUCCGCGCAGGAGCCAAACUAGACAUUCAGGAUAAGGAUGGAGAUACUCCUUUGCAUGAAGCUCUGAGGCACCACACUUUGUCUCAACUCCGUCAGCUGCAAGAUAUGCAAGAUGUGGGGAAGGUAGAUGCUGCCUGGGAACCAUCAAAAAACACAUUAAUAAUGGGACUUGGUACUCAGGGGGCAGAGAAGAAGAGUGCAGCAUCGAUUGCCUGUUUCUUGGCAGCCAAUGGUGCUGACCUUAGCAUUCGAAAUAAGAAGGGUCAAUCACCCCUUGAUCUCUGUCCUGAUCCAAGUCUCUGCAAAGCACUGGCAAAAUGUCAUAAAGAAAAAGUCAGUGGUCAAGUGGGUUCUCGGAGUCCUUCUAUGAUUAGUAAUGAUUCUGAAACCUUAGAAGAGUGUAUGGUAUGCUCAGAUAUGAAGAGAGAUACUCUUUUUGGACCAUGCGGACAUAUUGCAACCUGCUCUUUAUGUUCUCCACGUGUCAAGAAAUGCCUCAUCUGUAAAGAGCAAGUUCAGUCUAGGACAAAGAUUGAAGAAUGUGUGGUAUGCUCUGACAAGAAAGCUGCUGUUCUUUUUCAGCCUUGUGGACACAUGUGUGCUUGUGAGAACUGUGCUAGCCUAAUGAAAAAGUGUGUGCAGUGUCGCGCAGUGGUUGAACGAAGAGUGCCUUUCAUUAUGUGCUGUGGAGGGAAAAGCUCAGAAGAUGCCACUGAUGAUAUCUCAAGUGGGAAUAUUCCAGUGUUGCAAAAGGACAAGGAUAAUACCAAUGUCAAUGCAGAUGUACAAAAGCUGCAGCAACAGUUGCAGGAUAUUAAGGAACAGACAAUGUGCCCUGUGUGUUUGGAUCGUCUGAAGAAUAUGAUUUUCCUUUGUGGCCAUGGUACAUGCCAGCUCUGUGGAGACCGCAUGAGUGAAUGUCCUAUUUGUCGCAAGGCUAUUGAACGAAGAAUUCUUUUGUACUAAGAAGCCUAGAGUGUUUUGUUAGCUAAAGUAUAUGGUCAUGAGAUCUUAGUAAGCUUUUAAGCUGCUUGAAAGUUGUAAUGAAUUAACUUGUACUUUCAUAAUUUCUUUACUCCAGGGUAAUUAGACUGUUAAGUAUACUAGAACAACAGCCACAAAAUGCUGUACCUUACAGUGUUGGAAAAUAUGAAUUUUUUUGUCUUUUAGUUUGAAACAUCAAAUACAUAGUUUAUAGAUAAUUUACUUUGGGCUUCUAGGGGAAACAUCCUUGAAGAGAAAACACCCUUUUUGUUUUUAUUGCAUUUUCUCCUAUAAUUUACAAAUUUGUUAAACUGCAAAAGACCUAGUUCUGUAUAACAGGUUAUCCCUCGUGUAUCACAACUACAUCAUGAAAUGACACUGGUAAUUCUGAAAAGUCCUGCUUCAAAAGGAAGGGGCAAAUCAGACUAUUAGGUCACCUGUAUUAGGUGAUAAAUCCUAAGUACAAAUUCUGCAUGGCUAAGGAAGAAAGUAAUAAACUGUCUGUGUUUAAGACAACAAUUACCCAAAUGUUACUUUCUGAAUUUUUAGCAUAAAUGGAAGAAGCAUGGAGUAAGAAGAAGAUGACCUUUGCAUUUAGCUUAUUUUCUGGAUUUAAAAGGAUAAUUGUUUAACUGAAAUCAAUACACCAGUUUUAAAAUGCUGGCUAGAAAUGAGGAGAAAAAACUAGGCAAUCAUUGUGAAGAACUGAAAGGGGUGAACAAUGAGAGAAUAUCUAUAACUUAUUACCAAUUGAAUUCCUUAUAUUAAUUGAUAAUGUUUAGUUCAGCUAGCCUUUUUUAAAAAACGAUCUGUGAGAAGUAUACUUCAAUUUUUCUUGUAAUGACUUACCUGGGCUUGAUCUAAUCAGUGCAUUACUUUGGCCUUAGUUAGGCCUCGGAAGGUCUCUUCAGUUCAGAUGAUGUAUUGUCAAUAAUCUUUUCUCUGAACCCGGUAAUUCUGACAGUGUUGCUUCAUCAGAGGCCUUACUCUCAAAAAGUAAUCCUUACCAGAAAGAAUAGUCUUUCUUUUAUACUUGCAGAUAAAGAUAUUUGAACUGCCAAUAAUUUCCAAGAUAAAGUUAAUAUAUACUUACUUAGAAUGAGUCCCAGAACAUUUACAGAAGUAAAUCUGAUUACCUGUAGAACUUUUUUUUUUCCAUGGGGAGCACACUUGGACUCUGAGUAAUCUUUUGCAUUUAGGGCAAAAAUGAUGGUAUUUCUUGCUGCUAAGAUUAUAGGAAAUGUUAGCUUCUUACAAUAGUGUCUACUCUACACUGUGUAGUCCUCUGUGUGUGUGUGUUUGUUUUCUCUUUGAAACCUUUUCUCAUGGAUUCUCUGCUGUGACAACUGCGUGGGACAGCACAGAGCUCUGGCUCUGUCUUGCUGCGCCACCUGUGCCAGGCCUGGUGAGAGCUUAGCUGGCUGCUUCUGUAGUCAGCAGGGCCAUGGACAGAUAAGGAAGUGUUAGCAUUUUGAAUAGUGAGGUUUUUAUAAACUUCUCUAGUUAUCUUGUAGUAGCCACUAAGGCUACUUUUUGGGGGGUGGGUGGGGGGUUGGUGGUGGGGCUUGAA